CAGAAGUAUUACAUAUUAUUAGUUAAUCGUCUAUAUUUAAGUUUAGUAAAUCUUUUGGAGGAUAAAGUAAUAAAUAUGGCGGCUGGGAGAGUUUUUGAAAUAAAUGUUGAUUUAGUAAAAGAGAGAGCGAAAUGCAAUUUCGAUAUUAGAGAAAUUACACAUAUUUUGGAUGGUGGCGAAACAAAUACAAUACAGCGAAAGAAAAUAGAGGAUGCCACUUUAAAUGAUGGACAAUCUAGGGACGUGAUACCUGAAGAAUAUCUCGGUCCAAAAGAGAAAUAUGAGAACGCUGUAAGGAAGUCUUGUGUAUAUGCGAAAAUUUCAAAAGAUGAACUGAUGAAUAUGACCGGACUCGAAUUGUUAGGAUUUACUUCACCAGUUUUCCGGAGAAUUGCCGAUGCAUAUUUUAAAGAAGUAUCACCGUUUCUCUUACAUGUGGGGAUGUUUAUACCUACUAUUAUGGGCCAAUGUACCCCCGAGCAGCAAGCUCACUGGUUACCUCGAGCACUUGCCUUCGAAAUCGCAGGGACUUACGCCCAGACGGAGUUGGGUCACGGGACUUUUAUAAGGGGCCUAGAAACAACAGCCACAUAUGACCCGCAGACUGAGGAGUUUGUUCUGCACAGUCCAACUCUCUCGUCUUACAAAUGGUGGGCCGGAGGGCUGGGUAAAACAAUGAACCACUGUAUAGUAGUUGCUCAACUUUAUACCAAGGGCGUUUGCCAUGGGGUACAUCCCUUCAUUGUCCAGAUUCGCGACGAAGAGACCCAUAUGCCUCUAUCAGGGAUCGUAGUCGGCGAGGUAGGUCCCAAAAUGGGAUACAAUACAGGCGAUAAUGGAUUUCUUGGCUUCAAACAUUAUCGGAUACCAAGAGAUAAUAUGAUGAUGAAAAAUGCUCAAGUUUUAAAGGACGGAACUUACGUAAAAGUGGCCAGACAUGCGAAAUUGACGUAUGGAACGAUGGUCUUCGUGCGAGUGAUGCUGGUCAACGAGAUGGCUUUUAAUCUGGCUAAAGCUGUCACUAUAGCGAUUCGAUAUUCUGCUGUGAGGCGGCAAUCUCAGCCUAGACCCAACCAACCGGAGCCUCAAGUUUUGGACUACCUGACGCAGCAGCACAAGCUAUUCAUUUCUAUAGCGACUGCGCAUGCGCUGCAGUUCACCAGUGACUGGCUAUGGAAAACUUUCACGUCAGUUCUGGCAGAUAUGCGUGAUGGUAAAACUGACACUUUGCCAGAGCUCCACGCGCUGUCUAGUUGUCUAAAAGCAAUCUGCACUUCUGACUGCGGCACAUUUAUAGAAAUAUGCAGAUUUGCAUGUGGAGGUCACGGGUACAUGGCUUCGUCCAACCUACCUAUGAUCUACUCGUUUGUAUCAGCCACAAGAACUUAUGAAGGGGAUUAUACUGUUCUACUACUGCAGACUGCCAGGUUUUUAGUGAAAGCUUGGGAACAGAUGGAAGAAGGUAAACCAGUAACACCUACACUGGCUUAUUUAUCACGAGCCUCCGAGGGUGUAAAGGAAUCUUGGGACAGCAGUAACGAGGGGAUCAUUAGAGCGUUUCAGAGGGUUGCUGCUGGAAAAAUCUCAGGAUGCGUUAGUUGCAUUCGGCAUCAUCAGAAAACUGGAAAAGAUUUUGAAGACGCGUGGGAGUUGACUACUUUACAACUGGUGGCUGCUGCCGAGGCCCACUGCCGAGCUGUUAUAUGUAGUACAUACUACAACGAGACGAUUCGUCUGACCGCUUCGUCGAGUACGAAUGUUAAAGCUGUUAUGGAACAACUUUGUACCUUGUAUCUUCUUUAUUGGAGUCUGGAGAGAACCGGUGAGCUAUUGAGGUAUACGUCAUUAUCAGAGAAUGAUUUAUUUGGAUUACAACAGCGAUAUGAGAAGUUGUUGGCGCUGAUAAGACCAAAUGCUGUGGGUCUGGUUGAUGCUUUUGAUUUAAGAGACGAGAUCCUAAACUCUACAUUGGGCGCGUACGACGGCCGUGUGUACGAGCGCCUGAUGGAGGAAGCCCUGAAGAGUCCUCUGAACGCGGAGCCAGUCAACAGCUCAUUCCACAAGUACAUCAAGCCGUUCAUGCAGGGGAAACUGUGAUAUGUGUUAUUUGCUGCCUUAGUUUUGUUAUCAUGUUUAUACUAUGAUAUAAAGAAACAAUACAAUUAA